AUGAUGCUAUCCAUUAACCAAGCACUCUCGGUUCUACUAUUUUUGGUAUCGGUUUGCUUUGCGACACCGCUCCCACUCUCGAAGAGGUACCUGGACUAUGACAGUUACAAGGUCAAAGGUGUGAAUAUCGGAGGAUGGCUUGUGUUGGAGCCAUUUAUCACUCCUUCUUUAUUCGAGGCAUUCCGUACCAAUAAUGACAACGAUGACGGAAUUCCUGUGGACGAGUACCAUUACUGCCAGCAACUUGGUAAGGACGAGGCUACUAAGAGACUAACGCAGCAUUAUUCUACCUGGAUUACCGAGGAUGAUUUUGCUGAGAUGGCGAAGACGGGUUUGAACAUGGUUAGAAUUCCAAUUGGUUACUGGGCCUUUGAUUUGCUAGACGAUGAUCCAUAUGUCACCGGAGUUCAAGAAGGGUUCUUGGAUCAGGCCAUUGGAUGGGCUAGUAAGUACAAUUUGAAAGUGUGGGUUGAUUUGCACGGUGCCCCAGGCUCUCAAAACGGGUUUGACAACUCUGGUCUAAGAGAUCAGAUCAAGUUCCAAGAGGACCAAAACACACAACUUUUGAAGAAUGUGUUGAUGCACAUUAUUGAAAAGUACUCUGGAGAAAACUACACCGACACUGUUAUUGGUGUUGAAGUGUUGAACGAGCCAUUGGGACCAAACAUUGACAUGAACAAGCUGAAGGACUUGAACAACUGGGCUUACGACUACUUGAGAAACCAGGUCAAGGGCGACCAAGUCUUGGUCAUCCACGACGCAUUCCAAGCUCCACAAUACUGGAACGAUCAAUUGACACUUUCCGACGGCAACUACGGUGUUCUUGUGGACCACCACCACUACCAAGUCUUUUCUCCUGGCGAGUUGAGCAGGUCCAUGGACGACCACAUUAGCGUCGCAUGCCAGCAAGGUUGGGAUUCUGUGUUCGAGGGCCACUGGAACCUAGUUGGUGAAUGGUCUGCUGCAUUGACCGAUUGUGCCAAAUGGUUGAACGGUGUUGGUGUUGGCUACAGAUACGACGGUUCCUUCAACAAGAACGGUGACACCUCGUACUACAUUGGCUCCUGUGAAGGCAGCCAAGACAUCACCACAUGGUCUGAAGACAAGAAGAACAACUACAGGAAGUACAUCGAGGCUCAACUCGACGCUUACGAGAUGAGAAACGGGUGGAUCUACUGGUGUUGGAAGACCGAAAGCACUUUGGAGUGGGACUACAAGAACUUGGUGCAAAACGGCUUGUUCCCACAACCAUUGGACGAUAGACAGUUCCCUAACCAAUGUCAUUACGGAGGUUAA